AUGGUGGACAGUUGGCCAGAGACCGGUGUUUCAGGCUCGACUUUCCGAGGCUUGAUAGCUCUGUAUAUUCUGCGGAAAACGUUAGCUUUAGAUUUGGGUUCCUUGAACCGUUGUAUCACUGGCUCGUCCAGACUGAUGGUGGUGAGCGAGCCGAGUUCUGCGUCGAUUUCGCAAACCUCCACGCGUUUCCAAAACAACCUGGAUCGUACUUGUGACCAGCGCAAGUCCUUCGUGCUCCGUUUCGGUGAAAUUAUGAAUUCUGGUCCACAAACAGGACAACAAACUGAGUGUCAUAUCGGUAGAGAUCACCUCGGGACCUCCCUUUCUACUUUGCAUGUAGGAGGUGUUGUAGAACCAGCAGAUGAUGUCACAGGCGCUCUCCAACGACUCCCUGUCGGUCUCGUUCACAUAGUUCUCCAACCCAGGAAUCACCAGCUUGUCCAGAACGUGCACCAGGCGGUCGAACACAGUCUGGAGAAACGCCGGGGUAUUUUCGUUAAGCUUGAGUUGUUCCUUGAACUGGACAAGCGCCGAGUCGAGGUCGUCAUAGGGCAGCUCCAGCAUCAAAAUCCAACCGGUGCAAGAAUAUUAUCUCAACUAGCUUUAAAAAGCCUAACGUUAAAACAGAACGAAAUGGGAGCUACUAAGGACAAGAAGGUCGAAUAUUUCUCUAAGCUCAAGCAGCUGCUUGAGGAGUACAAGUCUGUCUUCAUCGUUGGUGUCGACAACGUCUCUUCUCAGCAAAUGCACGAGAUUAGAAAGGCCCUUAGACAGGACGCUGUUGUCCUUAUGGGUAAGAACACCAUGGUUAGAAGAGCCCUUAGAGGAUUCAUCGCCGAGAACCCAGACUUUGACAAGUUGAUGCCAUUUGUCAGAGGUAAUGUUGGUUUCAUCUUCACCAACUCCGACCUCAAGUCUAUCAGAAACGUCAUCUUGGACAACAAGGUUGCCGCUCCAGCCAGAGCCGGUGCCAUUGCUCCAGCUGACGUUUACGUCCCAGCUGGUAACACCGGUAUGGAGCCAGGUAAGACCUCUUUCUUCCAGGCUUUGGGUGUUCCAACCAAGAUUGCCAGAGGUACCAUUGAAAUUACCUCCGACGUUAAGAUCUUGACCAAGGACCAAAAGGUCGGACCUUCCGAGGCUUCUUUGUUGAACAUGUUGAACAUCUCUCCGUUCACCUACGGUUUGACUGUUGUUCAGGUUUACGACGAUGGCCAGGUGUUCCCAUCUUCCAUCUUGGACAUCACCGAUGACGAGUUGGUCAAGCACUUCGUGUCUGCCAUCUCCACCAUCACCCAGAUCUCCCUUGCUUCUGGCUACCCAACCGUCCCAGCUGUGUCUCACCAGAUUGUCAACACUUACAAGAACAUCCUUGCUCUUUCUGUUGCUACCGAGUACACUUUCGAGGGAUCUGAGGCCAUCAAGGACAGAAUCGCCAACCCAGAGGCUUACGCUGCUGCUGCUCCAGCUGCUGCUGCUGCUUCUUCCGCUCCAGCUGAGGAGGCUACUGCUGCUGCUGCUGAAGACGACGAGGAGAGCGACGACGACAUGGGCUUUGACUUGUUCGGUUAA